AUGUCGAAAAAUACGCUUUUUAAUUACUUCUCUCGGUCGCCUGCGGCUGCUUCCAACGGGGCGUCCAAUACGAGCGGGUCGUCCAGCAGCGCGACACCGUCAAAACGCCAGUCGUCCAAGCAGAAUUCAGCGACUCCCAAGAGAACACCCAAGUCGGUCAACAAAAGCGCCAAAAAGGAUACGGUCAGCAAUAGUUCAAAAAAAACCACAGAAAAAAGAAAACCAAAAAAACUUGAAGAAUCCUUUGAAGACGAUCAAAAUGAUGAAGUGAUGCCUGUAAAAAAACGUCCCAGGCUUGCAUUAGAAGAAUUGAGUGAUAUUGAAGACGAUUCUGGUGAUGAAUAUGUGCCAGAUAAAAAACUUUUGAAUAAAUCUGAUAUUGAAUCUGAAUCUGAAGAAAGCCCUGCAUCAUCAUCUGAAUCAGAAGACAGUCCUGAACCAUCUGAUGAUUCAUUUAUUGAUGAUGGAUCUGAUGAAGAUGUGUCCCCAGUAAAAAAAAAAAGAGGUAAAAGUUCCAAAUCUGUUGAAACUAAUGGAAAAGCUAACUCUUCUAUUUUAAAUAAAUCUGCUGCAGACAAACCUACAAAAGAAGCAACCAAAUGUAUUAUUGAUCAUGAUAAUUGGCCCCAUUUAAAAUACGAGUUUUUGAAACCUGAUAAAAUUAAGGAUGCCAAUAAGAAAUCACCAUCUGAUCCUAAUUAUAAUCCUCGAACAUUAUAUGUACCAGAAGAUUUUAAGCAAAAAUUAACUCCAGGUGUUCGACAAUGGUGGGAAUUAAAAUCACAAUAUUUUGACUGUAUAUUAUUUUUCAAAGUUGGGAAGUUUUAUGAAAUGUAUCAUAUGGAUGCUGUUACCACUGCUAAAGAAUUAAAUCUUUUAUAUAUGAGGGGAGAAUUUGCUCAUGUAGGAUUCCCAGAAACUGCUUAUGGUCGAUUUUCAGCAAUUUUAGUUGAAAAAGGAUAUAAAGUUGCACGUAUUGAACAGACUGAAACACCAGAUAUGAUGGCCGAAAGAUGUAAAACUUUAAAAAAAACAACAAAAUUUGAUAAGGUUGUUCGGCGUGAAAUUUGUCGUAUCACUUCCAAAGGUACUAGAACUUUUGGUAUAAUUGAUGGUGAAACUAAGGAUGCUGAACAUUUCUUUUUAAUAGCAAUAUCUGAAAAAGAAAUUACCAAUUCAACUUCAUUAUAUGGUGUAUGCUUCAUUGACACAUCUAUUGGUCUUUUUCAUCUUGGACAGUUUGAAGAUGACUGUCACUGCUCACGUUUAAGAACUUUAUGUGCUCAUUUUCCUCCAGUACAAGUAUUGACUGAACGUAACAAACUUACAAUGCGUACUAAAAAAGUCAUCGAUACUAUGCUCUCUAACGCUGUUAAAGAAACACUUAUGCCCGAUACAGAAUUUUGGACAUCAUCAAAAACUUUACUUACUUUAGCGGAAGGAGAUUAUUUUAAAAAUAAUGAUGUUGUGACUUAUCCAGAGAAGUUGAAAAUAUUUUUAGGCAGUGAUUCUGAUCUACAGCUUAGUGCUAAUGAUAAAUGUGAACUUGGUAUUCGUAGUCUGGGUGCUGUUAUAUGGUACUUAAAGCGAUGUAAGAUGGAUUUUCACUUAUUAUCUAGAGGACGAUUUGAUAUUUUUAAACCAGUUGAUGUUGAAUGUACUGAUAUAUCUAAUCAAGAUAAUUUAAAUACUAAACAUAUGAUACUUGAUGCUAUUACAUUGAAGAACUUGCACAUUUUAGAAAACUCUACUGGUUCAAAUGUAGGAACUUUACUUAACAAAUUAAAUCAUUGCUCUACACCAUUUGGAAAACGAUUACUGCAUCAAUGGCUAUGUAAUCCAUUAACAACAAUAUCUAGUAUUGUUGCUAGACAAAAUGCUAUUUCUUCUUUAAUAGUUGUUCCUGAUUUAAUGCAAGAAAUACGAUCAGAACUAGCCAAUUUACCUGAUUUGGAACGUUUAUUUUCAAGAAUUUAUUCUCAAAGUACUAAUGGAGUUGAAGCAGAUCAUGCAGAAACUAGAGCUAUAUAUUUUGAAGAAAAGGUAUAUUCGAAAAGAAAAAUAGUUGAUUUUAUUACAAUAUUAAAAGGUUUCAGAACAAGUGUUAAAGUUAUGGAAAUACUACAAAAAGCUAACCUUGCUGAAGGUACAGAAUCAAAUCUAUUAACUACUAUUUGCAACUAUUCAAAUAGUUCUACACCUGGAGAAUUUCCAUAUUUGACAGAACUUUUGGAUAAUUUUGAGAAUUCUUUUGAUCACAAUGAAGCUAUGAAAAAUGGUCGAAUUUUGCCUGGACCCGGAAUGGAUGAUGAGUAUGACAAAGUUAUAGAAAAUAUUAAAGAAGUUGAGAUUGAAUUAAAAUCUUAUUUAAAAGAACAAUGCAAAUAUUUUGGAUGUAAUGUUCAAUAUUUUGGAACUGAUAAAAAACGAUAUCAGUUAGAAGUACCUGAAAGUGCGGCAAAAAAAGCUGGAGAUGGAUAUGCAGUUCAGAACCAAAAAAAAGGAUUUAAAAGAUUCACUACUGAUCGUACAAAAGAACUUUUAAAUAAAAUGCUCAGUCAUGAAAAUGAAAAAACAGAAGUGUUAAAGAAUAUUCGAGAAAGAGUGUUCUCACGAUUUUGUGAUAAGUUUGAUGAUUGGAACAGUGCCAUUCAGUGUUUAGCUACAUUAGAUGUAUUCAUGUCAUUAGCAGAAUACUGCCGUUGUGAAGAAGAAGUUAUGUGUAUUCCUAAAUUUGUUCCAGCUAUUAAAGGCAAAAAGCCAUUUGUUGACCUUGUUGAUGGACGGUAUCCAUGUGGUUCUGGUGGUGAGAGUUUUAUUUCAAAUGAUACAGUUAUCGGAAAAGAAGAAGAUAAAACAUGGAAUGCAAGUUUGAUAUUAGUUACUGGUCCUAACAUGGGUGGCAAGUCUACAUUGAUGAGACAACUUGGCAUUAUUUCUGUUAUGGCUCAUAUGGGUUGCCAUGUACCUGCCAAAAGUUUUGUUCUUAAUCCAAUAGACAGGAUAUUCACAAGAAUUGGUGCCAAUGAUAAUAUUAUUGCAGGAGAAUCCACAUUUUUUGUUGAAUUGUGUGAAACUGCAGCAAUUUUGCAUCAUGCUAGUCGGUUUUCUCUAGUAUUAAUUGAUGAAUUGGGAAGGGGAACUUCUACUUAUGAUGGGACUGCAAUUGCUUCUGCUGUUGUUAGUGAACUGAUACUCAAGCAAAGUCGUACAUUAUUUUCUACUCACUAUCACUCGCUAGUUGAAGAUUUUAAAACUAAUUCAAUGGUUGCUCUUGGACACAUGGCAUGUAUGGUUGAAAAUGACGAAACUAAUGAAUUGGAUACUGAGCAAACACAAGAAACUAUUACAUUCUUGUAUAAGUUUGUAAAUGGAGCUUGCCCUAAAUCUUAUGGAUUUAAUGCUGCUCGUUUAGCUGGAAUGCCUGCUAACAUUAUCAAAAUUGGUUUACAGAGAGCCAAAGAAUUUGAAAUUGCUGCCAAGCGUAGGAUCCUAUUUAAAACACUGUUUACGUCUAAUGAUCAAUCAGCUGUGAAAACUGCUAUUUUAGCUUUAUAAGACAGACUCUUGCACAAGUUCCUAGAAUAUAAAUAUUUUCAGAAAGUACCUUUAUACAGAUAAUUUCAUUAAUUGAGUUCAUGUUAAUUUUUUUUGU